UUGUUCUAACAUUUAAUUUUCCAAGCCAACUCUUUUGUAAUAAAUUAUAUAUUUACUUUCUGGUUUGUGAUAAAGUUAUGUUUUGAUUGUCUGCAAAGAUGACCGCAGGAACCAGUUUAGUGGUACCCAUAGUACUGUGGGGACGCAUAGCACCAACCCAUUGUAUUUCUUGUGUCUACUUGUCUCGGGAUCAAAAGACUUUGGUAACAGGAUGUUAUGAUGGACAAAUAUGUCUGUGGCAAGUGGAUCCAGAAACAUUAAAGAUGACUCCGAGAUGCCUGCUGGUUGGACAUACUGCUCCAAUAAUGUGUCUUAGUCGAGCUAGUGUCAUAAUGGAGCAAAAUUUCAUCGUCAGUAGCAGCGAAAGUGGAGAAAUGUGCACUUGGGAUCUAGUCGAUGGAAAGUGUCGUGAGGCAGUGAAACUUAAUAGCGUUCAUACACAAAUGUUGCCCUAUGUUUCCGCAGGUGGAGAGGAUGUCAGAUUAUUUUGCUCUGGAUACUAUCCCGAGGUUUUAGUGAUGGAUCCGUUCAGUUUAGAAGUGCUGUUUACCCUGAGUUCCCGCGUCAAUCCAGACUGGAUUAGCGCCUUGCACGUUUUGCGGCCGGCCAAACGGAAAGGUCGGUUCUACGUGCAUACAAACGACGUCGUAUUGGCUCUGACAACAACGGGCACAGUCAAGGUGUGGACGCUUUUGGGACACGAAAAUCGAAACAGCGAGCCUUUAUACGAGCAUGAAAGCAAACAGAUCCGCUGCUUGAAUGCGCUUGCGAUGACUUGCUGCCCCUAUAAUCAGAGAACAGUGCUGAUUGUAUGCUCUAAGUAUUGGCAGAUAUUUGAUGCCGGUGAUUUCUCGGUUCUUUGCUCGAUAACUGCCCCACGUGGCGAACGUUGGAUGGCAGGUGAUUUUUUGGCGGCUGAUAGGGUCAUCCUGUGGAGCGAUGAAGGUCAUGGAUAUUUGUAUAAACUUCCAGCAAACAAGCUGAAGGGCAAGGCUCUCAGCAGUAGCGUCGCGGAUAAUAAGGACUUUCACACCGCCAGUGCAGAGUACGAUCAACCAUAUCUGUACUGUACAUUAAUGCAACCUGGAGAUAAGCCUCUUUCCUGCCCUCCGGCCAUGCGACUAGUUACCGUGCAGCGUCAAAACAAGACUUUAAAAUAUCUGUUACGUGGAGAUAGCGAAGGUGUCGUUAUCCUAUGGACAGUACCGGAGGUGACAACGCAACAACUCGCCCAAAUCUGUCAGAAUGAUGGAUCAUCACCACCAGCAUUGUCACCGACUGUGAAGACGAGCCUCACCGCUGCCUGGGACGCAAUGAGGCCGCCUCCUGUAGGGAUACUUGAUCAGUUGGAUACAGGCGAUGGUCAUGGCAUCAAGCUCACAGCUUGCAUAUACUUGCCUCAACAAAGUCGGCUGGUCGUUGGUCGUGAGGAUGGUAGUAUCAUUAUUGUCCCGGCGACGCAAACUGUAAUGCUUCAGCUACUCCACGGCAAUCAUCAGCAAUAUGAUGAUUGGCCACCACAUCAAGUUCUGCUGGGUCACUCGGGACGAGUAAAUUGUUUACUUUAUCCUCAUGGUGCAGCACCUCGUUACGAUCGUACUCAUCUCGUUUCUGGUUCUGUGGACUUUGCUGUUUGCCUCUGGGAUUUAUAUGCCGGCACGUUAAUCCAUCGAUUUUGCGUUCAUGCCGGUGAAAUCACGCAACUGAUGGUGCCGCCUGAUAAUUGCAGUCCUAGGAUACAAAAAUGCGUUUGCAGUGUUGCAUCGGACCACAGUGUUACAUUGCUCUCAUUAGCGGAAAGAAAAUGCGUUGUGCUUGCUUCACGACAUCUUUUUCCAGUUGUAACUAUCAAAUGGAGGCCAUUAGAUGAUUUCAUGAUAGUUGGAUGUUCAGACGGUGCUGUAUAUGUCUGGCAAAUGGAAACUGGUCAUUUGGAUCGCGUACUGCACGGCAUUAUUGCGGAAGAGGUGCUCUAUGCUUGCGACGAGAACACUAUAGCGGCAGCCGGCGGAUCCGCCGCCGGCGGUGAGUUGGGACUAGCUAAUCCUGCCGUGCAUUUUUUUAGGGGCUUGCGUCAUCGGAAUUUAUCGGCGAUCAGACAUGCGACGCAAAGAGGACUGCAUCAAUUGCAACAGCUACAUGGUGGACAUGGUCCCGACCAUGGGAGUCAAAUAAAAGCCAAAGGUUCGCCACUGAUGAUUCAAGGAUUCAGAAGUAAUCCGAAAGAUCCGGAAAGUCAUAUUCUAUUUUUCGACAUAGAAGCGCUGAUAGUACAAUUACUCAGCGAUGAGUAUGGUGCCAUGUCGCCUGGUUCCUUAGAAGCACAAGGACUUAUUUCCGCCGCCGAAUAUCAAAAAGUUGCAGCACUCACUCAGUCCGCUAGUCCCGAUGCUCAUAAGAAAAUUGUUGGUAUAUUGGCUAAGAUGAAGGAGGGUGCAGAGAAUGUGCAUACUAAAUUACAGGCCAAAGCGGAAAGCGUCGGCCUCAAGCCGUCGACAUUUGACGGCAAAGGCGACAGUUGGAAUAACAGCGAUGCGGCGAAGAAUAAUUUAAAGCGAAACGGUGCAUUCAGUGAACCAAAUGCAACGAUGGAAGUAGCGCAGUUGCUUUUGAGUCUUCUGCACGCCUGGGGCAUGGAUCCAGAUUUAGACAGAGUUUGCGAAGGAAAGUUGGGUUUACUGCGACCUAUGGUUCCUGUUUCAUUCGGAGUGCUAUCCAAAGGAGGUUAUAUGUCACUGUUAUUACCAACUUGGCAGACGCAGCUCGAGCCAGUCGGUGAACCUGCAACUCAAUUGGAGCAACGCUUGCCCGCUGAACUAGUUAGGCAAGAAAGGCUCACUAGAGCAUUCACAGCGAGAGCCCAUUGGGAAUUAUCGACAACCUUAACGAGUAAUCAUUUAUUGGCAGUAGUUGCUUUAUCGAAUACUUUAAUGUCGAUGAACAAUGCAACAUUUGUACCUGAGCAAGAACGAAACCGCAAGAUGCAUAGGCCGGGUAAUAGAAGUGCAGUAAACUGGAAUAAGACAGAGGAGGAAAAUGAGGAAAUGUACACAGUACAACAAGCGCAGAUCAAACAGGGUUGGUCUCUCUUAGCUACCUUACAUUGUGUACUGUUGCCUGAUAAAGUUGCGGCACAGGGUGGCGCGAAGACCUUCAAACGUCCACAAGUAGAGAUGAUGGCACGAAGAUGGCAACAUCAGUGCGUGGAGAUUCGGGAAGCAGCGCAGGCUUUAUUGCUUGCUGAGUUAGGUAGAAUGGGCUCAAAAGGUCGCAAAGCGCUUGUCGAUAACUGGUCACAGUAUUUGCCAAUGUACAGUACUCAGGAACCAAUCGCACCGCAACCGCAGAGCCAAACUUCACCGGCAGCUGGGAGUCCGGUGCCACCAUCUGAGUCGCAACAAGAGGAAGAAGAUGAAGAAGAGGAGUUAGCCGAAGAGCUAAGUAUAGCUAGAAAACCAUCGAGUGUGGCGGAAUUGAAACAAAAACAAACCACGGCGGUGGUAUUGCUUGGCGUGAUAGGGGCCGAAUUUGGUCAGGAUGUAACUACGACAAACCAAAGAAGAGAUAACGAGCAAAGACGAAAGAGCUCGAUCGUAGAAGGCUUUGGCAUAGGAAAUAAUAAUCUCGCCAGACAUACCAGCAUGGCGCUCACUCAUUUAUUGCACGCGCCUCAUUCUCCGAAGUUACCAUUGCACACGGCGUUACGAAGAGCCGCGAUUGAUCUUAUUGGCAGAGGAUUCACUGUAUGGGAACCUUACCUCGAUAUAUCUAAGGUUCUGUUAGGCCUAUUGGAAAUGUGCUGUGAUGCGGACAAGUUAGUACCGAGUCUGACAUACGGCCUUCCUCUCACGCCGCAAGCUGACACUUGUCGCACAGCACGUCAUGCUUUAACACUAAUUGCUACCGCCAGACCAGCCGCUUUUAUCACUACAAUGGCUCGCGAAGUAGCCAGAUUUAACACUCUCCAACAGAAUGCCCAGACCUUAAACGUUAAUCUGGGUGCAAGUGUCUUGACCAGGGCAAAGCCAGAAAUUCUCAGGAUUGUCGAACAACUAAUUGACAAGAUGCAGAGUGAGAUGAGCGAUCUUCUUGUAGAGGUAAUGGACAUUAUUUUACAUUGCCUUGAUCCAGGUCAUCUCAAAAUGAAGCCUUUGAACGAAGUAUUUCCAGCAGUGUGUAGAUUUAAUCAGGUCAGUCAUUGUCCAGCAACACGCAGGAUAGCAGUUGGUGGUCGCGGAGGUCAACUAGCAUUAUACGAAUUACGAGGUAAUGUCAAAUGUCAAACUGUCUCGGCUCACUCGGCACCAGUCACUGCAUUAGCGUUUUCCCCAGAAGGGAAAUUUCUCGUCAGUUAUUCUUGUUCUGAGAAUAAACUAUGUUUCUGGCAGCAAACCAGUAGCGGUAUGUUCGGCCUGGGCAAUUCGCAGACUCGCUGCGUCAAGUCCUAUAGUACUGCGCCCAUCAACGAUGUGGCCCGAUUGAAUCCUAUGCGCUUGGCACGGCUGAUUUGGAUCAACAAUCGCACGGUUACCUUAAUGCUCGCCGACGGUUCAGAAACGCGCUUCAAUGUUUGAACGUUACGCGAGAUCAAUCUGGAGUUACCAACGGCUUUGGCAAGCGAAAGCAGCUUGCUCGUCAUUUAGGGUCGACUGCAUCGAUUGAGUUUGGUUUAUGCAAUGUUCUCUUUGGUAGAGUUAGUAGAGUUUUUACAAAAAUAAUACUAAAGGUAAUUAAUAAUAGCACCAACACUAUUUUCAUUUUCAAAUUAAAAAAUACUAUUUUAUUGAUAGAUUUUUUCGGAAGAUUAAACAUUUUAAUAAAUAGAAAAUAAGCGAUAUGUCACACAUAUAUAUGACUUAAAAAGUAUACUAAUUUAAAGAGAACACUACAUAUAUAAAUCAGGCUUCAGCGCUAACUAUUUAAAAUUAAAUUUUCCUUCUUGUGUUUUUAACAUUGAGAUAAAAAUAUAAUUUUAGGAGUUGGCUAAUCGAAGUUGUGGGCGCGAUUUUAGUCGAAAUAAUUUAUGUGCAAACCAGGAGUGUCGUCGUCGAUUUCGGCGCACUUACUGGUACUUAAUUGAUAAUAUUAGUAUUGAAUAAUUGAAUUUCGCGGUAUUUCAAUAUAUGUACAUCAUCAGUAUGUAUGGCUGUCCGGAUCCAAUUCGUCGAGGACAUUCUCCUUUCUGUUAGAUAAAAAUCAAGGCUAAGCAAUCUUACACUUGGCGCUAAAUAUGCGAUGAAAGUAUGG